AUGAAGUUUCGGAUAUGGUUUUAUCAGACGAUUAGCGAAGGAGUCUACCAUCUUCAGUUUGACCCGGACAUGCGUGCAAAAGUGGCGCUGGGACACCAUGAGCUAUUUCGAUGCACGAUGCGUUCCACAGUGUCCAAUUGUUUCUCCUUCAACUGCUUGGAUGUGAUGCGGACGACAUAUUUUCGUCCGCCGUCGUCCAUGUGCUACACUGUGGACGCCAACCAAUGGUCCGAUAAAAAUCAUCGUUUUCAGAAAUGUACCAUGCCUUGGACCUGGGGACUAACCUACACCGUCUCGGUAGCGCAGCAAACGGUGCGCCGGUUACCUCCGCCAUUUGCUUCCAAAUGCACAGACUACAAGGCGCGGGGAAUAAAAAAAGAGUUCAUGGGAUAUCUGACUCAAGACCUCUGCGUCCAAGAGUGCCUGAUCAAGCAAGAGGGAAAAACGUGCGGGUGCGUUCGACCCCAGCACGAGUACGGUUCGCAAUUCACGUUUCCAACCUGCACGUUUCAAACAACAGUCAUCUGUGACAAGCAAAUUACAAACAAGACGCUCACGAAAUGCAUGAGAAAAUGCGGUGCCCCAUGCGAAGAGACAUCCUACGACGUUCGCUUGACCAGCCUUGGAGAAGACAGGAAAGAAAAAGAGAGAAUUUCAUUUUCUGUGUCCGUGAAAUUCUCAUCUGAUUCCCAAAAGAUCUUUGAAUACCAGCCGAAACUAACGGUUAUUGAAGCAUUCGGUUACAUGGGAGGUUACAUCGGAAUGUGGCUCGGCCUGUCCCUUUACUCCUUGAUCACUGACGGGGAACAGUGGUUAAGAAAGUUCUUCACAAAGAGGGCACUCAAGAGUUCAGCUGAGAAGAUUCAAGUUCCAAAACCACAAAUAUUCACGACCGACAAAUAUAACUUCGGAAUGUCCUUUCAUCGUGCAGCGGAGGCUUCAGAUAUAAAAAGUGCGAGCCCCAAGGUUCGACUUCUGCGUCAUUUCUAGAUGAGAGGUUUUAAGACUGGAAUGAUAUGUCAACAAGAUGUCCGCGUUUAUUGCUGAUUCAGUAUAAACACGUCUAUAGAAAUCUGAAUUGAAUA